AUGCGGAGCUAUGAUACGAGCGGUCUCCUUGAACAAUUGAAGAAAGUGCGCCUCAAAGUGAACCUUGUGUUCAUCUGCGUGUUUGUAUGCCUGAUGUCCCUCUCGAGCGCAAGGAAUCAUCCACCGGAAUUCCUCAUUAAUGGACAGACUGAAAUUGUGGUGAGGCUCAAGGAGGGCCCGGAAACACCAGUUGGUAUAUUAAUAUACAGACUGCGAGGAAUUGAUGUCGAUGGUGAUGCUCUUACGUUCGGGGUAAAGGAUCAGCCUGGGGCAGACGUGAUACGAGUAGAAAACUUGGGUACCCAAGAGGCCAAUGUAUUUCUGAACAAACUACUUGACAGAGAGGUUCGAGAUGAAUAUGCAUUAGUUCUAACACUAACUGAUCAUAAACUGGGGGACGGGAACUUCAUAACUCAGAGUCUGCUCCUCCUUGUAGAAGACAUAAAUGACAACCUCCCAAUUUUCCGUCCACAUCCAACAACACUGACGGUAAGAGAAGACUCGGGACCAGGUAUCCUGCUAACCGUUGAGGCUAACGACGUAGACGAAGGCCCUCACGGUCAGGUGGUUUAUCAUCUCCAGGAACUCGAUGGAGAUAACGAUCUAUUUUCGAUCUCCACUGUCAAUGGAAAAGGGGUCAUACGACUUGUUGGUGAACUGGAUUAUGAAAGAAAGUACUUGUACCAACUGAGAGUUCUUGCUGUAGAUCGAGCAAUUAAUGGAAAAGUAAAUACCGGCACCACAGCUAUUUUAGUAAAAGUCCAAGAUGUAGAGGACCAACCACCGGAGUUCAUUGCCAUGACUCCAGUUGCAAGAAUUAGUGAAAAUGCGAAGAUUGGAACAUCCGUUCUUCAGGUUCGCGCGAUCGACGGAGAUAAAGGAAUUAAUAACCGUGUAUCCUACAGCAUCACUGAGGGUCCCAGAUACCUCUUCGACAUUGAUUCCACCUCAGGCGUAGUGUUUACCCGCGGUCAACUAGACCGUGAAGCAGAAAACAAUAACGACGGAACCUUCAUUCUCGAAAUAACGGUGAAAGAAAUUUCAAACGUUCUCCCCACACCUUCAGUGACUACAGAAGUAACUAUAAUCUUGAUUGACGUGAACGACGAAACUCCCAGAUUUCGCAGUGAUCGAUACCUGGCAGAGAUCAAUGAAAAUGCACCUCAGAACACACCAGUCAACUUCAUCGGUGACUCUAUCCCCGAAAUCUAUGACCAUGACUUGGGAACCAACGGUACCUUCCGAAUGUUUGUUGAUGGAGAUGGGGGAGUCUUUGACAUUACCCCUUUCAGAGGCAUCAACGAAGCCCCCUUCCUCAUUCGCGUUAAAAACCCAAAAAAACUAGACUUCGAACAAACUUCAGUAAUAAAUUUUACCCUGGUAGCCAAGGAAAUCAUUCCUUUUCAACCAAAAUUCACAGCCGUUCCCAUCACAGUUCUAAUCAAAGAUCAGAACGACAAUUACCCAGAAUUCAUCCACAAUGUUUAUGAGGUAAAUGUUCCUGAAAACAGCCCCAUUGGUACUACAGUAGCUUGGGUCCAGGCCCUGGACAAGGACAGUGGAAAUUAUGGAAGCAAAGGUAUCAGAUACACCAACUUAGGGGGAAGUAUAGCAUAUGCAUUAAAAUUAAAUGCAACAUCUGGAGUCAUCAAUAUCAAACAAACUGGACCAGGGUUCGAUCGAGAAUUAGUCUCACGACAUUAUUUGACGGUUGAGGCUCGUGAUGACCUUGGAAGAGGGAAUCGAAAUACAGUGCAGUUAAUCGUGAACAUCGAGGACGUCAAUGACAAUCCUCCAAUCUUCUUGCAGAACAAAUAUGAAGCUGUUUUACUAGAAAAUAAAGAAGAGUUUGAGUCAUCUUUGAGAAUAGAAGCUUUCGAUAUUGAUCUGAAUGGCACGAAAAAUAGUCAAAUCAUUUAUUCCAUAGUUGCAAGUGAAUUCUCGAGAAAUUUUACGAUUGAUUCUAAACGAGGAAUAAUAAAACCGGCAUUUGCAAUGGAUUAUGAAAAUCUACCAAUCAAUCAGGGCCACAAAGAGACUUCGAUUCGAGCUUUGAAACUGACUGUUCGAGCAAGGGAUAUGGGAACGCCCAGUCUUAGUUCAGAUGCACCCCUAACUGUUUAUUUGAAAGACAUUAAUGAUAAUGAACCGAUGUUUGAACGCUCCCUCUAUCAAAAAAACAUUCCUGAAGAUUUAGAAGGAGGAACAACCGUUCUACAGGUCAAAGCAUGGGAUAAGGAUUUAUCUGCCCCGAAUAACAAAAUUGUUUACCGAAUUCAAACUGGGGCUGGGGAUAAAUUUAUCAUAAAUCCUGAAAGUGGAAUCAUUCAAGUUGCUCCAGGCUCCAACUUGGAUCCUGAUCUAACAUCUCCAAAAAUGACAAACUAUGUUCUGAAUGUUGUAGCAAUAGAUAGUGGAACAGAAAGUCAGAAAUCUGCAGAAGUUCUAGUAAACAUUACAAUAAUCGACGUUAACAAUAAACCUCCAAUGUUCAAAGAUCCAGGAACAGUUGUCAUCAGAGAAAAUACUCAGAUUGGAUCUUACAUUCAUCGUGUAGUAGCGAAUGAUCCGGACAUAUCCCCAAUACUUCGGUACCGAAUAGAUUCAAAUUCUUCAGAAGCCCGAAAUGAAGAGGGAACUUUGAUCAGACUCCAGGAGUACGAUUACCUAGCCGCACUUGAAUUAAAUGCCAUUGAUGGUUUGUUGAGAGUGAAAAGACUCAUUGAUAGAGAAAAAGUCGAGACAAUAAAACUAGGAUUAGUUGUAGAGGAUCUAGCAGCAGUCGAAGGAGUCCAGACAGCUUCAGCAACACUCAAUAUCCUGAUUGAAGAUGAGAAUGACAAUAAUCCAAGAUUUAAAAGACCAUUCUACAGAAGGUCAUUGACAGAAAAUAGUAAAAAUGGGGUUCACAUUGCUAGCAUUGUUGCCGAUGAUGCUGAUAAGAACCGAACUAUAACUUAUUCGUUAGAAAGUCAACCAGAAAUAACCGACUUGAUUCAUCUGGAUUCUGAGACAGGGGAAAUGGUUGCUGCAACUAAAAUCGAUAGAGAAGUAUUUGCAUGGCUCAAUAUGACAGUUCGUGCCACAGACUCUGGAAUUCCUCCCAGAUCAAGCUUCUCUGAAGUUUAUGUUCAGAUAUUGGACGAAAACGACAAUAAUCCUUAUUUCAUCACUGAUAUCACCAACGUCACAGUACUGGAGAACUCGAAAAUCUCCACUGAGAUCACAAGAAUGGAGGCCAGAGAUCCAGACAGUGGAGAUAACGGUAAAAUCACGUACCUGUUAGAUCGACUAUCGUCACAAGGAAAAUUUGCAAUUCAUCCAGACACUGGUGCACUAACUGUGGCGGAUAUUCUCGACUGGGAAAUUAAGAGCAGUUAUAUUUUAAUAAUUGAGGCUUGGGAUAAUUACCAAUUUGGUUAUGCUGCUGGCGAGUCUAGAAAUGCGUUCAAGCAAAUAGAAAUUAUAAUAGAAGAUGUUAAUGAUAACCCACCGAUAAUUGAUGUUCCCCAGGAAUGUAUUACGAUCUCAGAGUUUCAUGAUACCAAAGAUGUUGUUGCUUUGGUGAAAGCUAGAGAUGCUGAUGAUCCAGAGAGCCCUAAUGGUCGACUUACCUUCAGAAUUAUCUCCGGCAAUGGGAUGGCUUUCUUUAUGCUAGAGCAGGUUGACCAUUGGACUGCGAAAAUCAAAUCUAUUGGAUCGUUAAGAGGAAAAUUUGGAAAUUACUCACUGAAUGUAGAAGCUCGAGACCUGGGAAAUCCUCCAAAUACAGACGAAAAAGUGUUGAAUAUUUGCGUGACUGAUUACAAUGAUAAUCCUCCAGUUUUCCUGAGCCCUCAGCAUAACAUGACGAUACGAGUACCAGAAAAUGUCACUGUUGGAUCUUCGAUUAUUCAAGUGGAAGCUAUGGACGCUGAUACCGGACUGAAUGGAGAUGUUCAUUAUCGGUUGAAGCAGGACCUCGCAGGCCAUUGGAGGACAUUCCAAAUUGAUGAUAAAACUGGCGUGAUAACGUUGAAACUUCCAUUAGAUCGUGAGACUCAAAGAAUGUACGAAAUUAGAGUGGAAGCCUAUGAUUUCGGGACUCCGACUCCACUUAGUACAGAUCUGGACCUUAUAAUUUAUGUUAAGAAUAUUAAUGACUAUGAACCACAAUUUAUGGUUGAUGUAUUUCCGGUGACGUUCACUGAGGAGCAGUUUCCAGGUGCGGAAUCUGUGACCCUUCCUGAAACGAUUGAUAAAGAUGAGGUUGAUGAUCUUGACGAUCCACCAACACAAGUCUGUUACUUCAUUGUUGGGGGUAAUGAUAAUGAGUAUUUCAGACUGGAUAUGAUCACGCAUAAGUUGACGACUGACAAAACAUUGGAUAGGGAGGAGCAAGAGGAACAUCUGUUGAUGAUUAAAGCAACGGAGAAUUGUAAUACGCUACCGAUCAAUCAGAGCUUCUUCAAUGAAGAGGAUGAUACUCUGUUGAAAGUGGUCAUCACAGUGAGCGAUGUAAAUGAUAAUUCGCCGAAGUUUGUAAGUAAGGUUUUCACUGGGGGAGUCACCACGGCGGGGGAUUUCGGUACGCAGUUUAUGCACGUAAAGGCGAUCGAUCUAGACAAGGGAGAUAACGCUGUGGUGAGUUACUACCAGGUUGGUAAAAUCCACAUGAUACUGACUGAGGGCCUAGAUGACAUGAGUUUGCAGCCCUUCCUUAUAGACAAACUGACAGGAGCCGUCAGUCUUAACUUCGAUCCUCAACCCAGAAUGAAAGGAUAUUUCGACUUCAUGGUUAUUGCCAACGACACUGACGGUCUGCAGGACACAGCACGUGUCUUUAUCUACUUGCUACGAGAAGGCCAGCGAGUUCGAUUCGUCCUGAGGCAACACCCACCCGAAGUUCGCAAUCGAAUCGACGCUUUUAGAGAAAUUUUAGGAAAUGUUACUGGCGCCAUUGUUAAUGUUGAUGAAUACAAAAUCCAUGAGAAUCAUGAUGGAUCAGUGGAUCGCACGAGAACAGAUCUUUAUCUACAUUUAGUAAAUCGACAGGACAAUUCGAUCUUAGAUGUCUCACAAGUCCUGGAGUUGGUUGAUCGAAAUAUUGAGAAACUAGAUAAUCUAUUCAAAGAAUUCAAUGUCCUAGAUACUCAACCAGCUCAAUCAUCUCAAAUUGUACAAUACGAGCAAGCCGGCACCACCCUGUGGUUAUUGGCUCUCACAAUUUUUCUAGGAGCACUUUUAAUGCUCUGCAUUGCCCUCUGCUUAUCUCAGAGGGCAUCCUUCCAAAGACAACUCAAAGCUGCCAAUGCCGUUCCCUUCGGCCCGACAGACUCUGAAUUUAUUCGGGGUCCGGGGAGGGUUCCGAAUACCAAUAAACAUAGUGUUGAGGGAAGCAAUCCCAUUUGGAUGCAUGCUUAUGAGAAUGAAUGGUUCAAGAGUGAUGAGUCGUUUAGUCACACUUCAGAUAGGGAUUCUCUUGAUGAAAAUGCGCUAAAUAAUGAGGAGACAGUAAAUGAGGAAAGACCAGGACAGAGAACAAACGAUAAUCCUUAUAGUGCUAUGUCACAACAGAGACCGUCUUCAAUUUCCAGAAUGCCCUCAGAGGAAUGGGUGAAGGUAUGGAUCUACCUGAACUUUGUGCUGGGGUUGACCAGGAGUUCACGGCCAAGGUUCGACACUUCAACGGAUAUGGGAAUGGUUCUGGUACCUGCCGAUGCAGAAAUCGAAUCGGUGAUUUUUCGAUUACGAGCCACGGAUCAAGAUGCAGAUUUCCCACUAGUUUUCGAUAUUACAGCUACUGUUAGCCCCGUAGUAAGAAUAGAAAAUCUGCCGUGUACCUUAUACAACAAGAUCUGUCAAGCCAAUGUCAUCCUGACGAAACGACUAACGGCAGGGCGACUUCACGAUUUUGCCGUGCGCGUGAGGGACGCAAAGGGCGACUCAAAUUCCAUGCAGGCUACCAUUUCCGUCACAAAUGCAACCACCCAGCGUGACAAGAUAUUUCCACAUAUACCUGCCAUCAUCAUGGUCCCUGAGGAUGCGAAACCAGGAAAAGAGCUCGAUUAUAUUCUUGUCAGGGCUAAUCAGUGGAGCGGAAAACCUGUAUAUAUUGAAUUAUGGCAACCAAAAGAAUUAUUCACGAUAAGACAGCGGCAAACUCCAACUCAAACGCGAGGAGUCAUCACCCUUAUCGGCGAAUUGGACUUUGAGACGCAAUCGAUGUACACACUGACCCUCUACGCGACGGAUCCUUACACAGAGCCAAAGAAAGACACCAGAAACAUCGCUGGUUUACAUCUUGUCGUGAUAGUACAGGACGUUCAAGACGUUCCCCCCAUUUUCACACACGCUCCACCCCUAACCAAGCUUAACAAUACCAUUCAACCUGGUGACCUAAUCCUGAGGGUUCACGCAGAGGAUGGUGAUAAAGGGGUCCCAAGAGAAGUGACAUAUGGACUGGUCUCUGAGGGGAACCCAUUCACACCUUUUUUCAAUAUCUCAGAGUCUACUGGUGAAAUUAUUCUUGCGAGACCGUUAGAGGAGUUAACGCAGAUAACUCAUGUUGGGGCGCCAGUUGUGCUGAGUGUAGUUGCUGAGGAAAUUAGACGAUCGCCGAAUGAACCACCGGCGCAAGCUACGGUUGUGGAAGUUGGAUUACUGCUUGGAGAACCUGCGAAUAGUCCGCCAUAUUUUGAAAAUGACAAUUACGUUGCCUGGAUGGACGAAAAUCCCGAACCUGGCUCUCUAGUUAUCUUCAACGAGCCAUACUCAACGCGAGUUAAAGACGAAGACAUUGGAAAAGCUGGUGUUUUCGCCCUCAAGCUGGAAAAUAACAACGGUACAUUUGAAAUUAGUCCAACCGUGGCGGAGAAAUCUGCCAGUUUUAUUCUCAGCGUGCGAGAUAAUACAUUAAUCGAUUAUGAAGUUCACAAGAGUCUUCGGUUCAAGAUAGUUGCUCAAGAAGUAGGCCCUGCAACAAACCUCUCUGCCUCAGUGCCAGUUAUGAUAUUCCUUCGUGACCUGAAUGAUAAUCCCCCGACGUUUCAGGAGGCAACGUAUAAAGUGACAUUAUCAGAAAAUGUCACUGCAGGAACACGCGUUGUGCAGGUUCACGCAACGGACAAGGAUACUGGGUCGUUCGGGAGGAUCCAGUACACUCGAAUUAUAGGCCCUGGGAGUGAAGCAUUUGUCAUAAAUCCUGAUACGGGUGUUAUUUCUGUGGCGACGAGUGCCAAUCGAAUUCUUGAUCGAGAAAGUACACUACAGCUUCAGUUGACUGUGGAAGCUCGUGAUGAGGAUGGAAAGGGUCUCAGGGGCUCUGUUCCUCUCGCCAUCAAUCUGCUCGAUGUCAAUGAUAAUGCACCAAUUUUUGAAAAGGAUAGCUACGAUUUUUUUGUCAAUGGGGACUUGACUAACUUCACUGUUCCUGCAAUUAUAAAAGCAACAGAUGCUGAUGCCGAACCUCCCAACAACGAAGUUCGAUAUGAAUUGAUUCACGGAAAUUACGAAAAUUAUUUUUUUCUCGAUGAAGUGACUGGCGAAAUUUUUCUGAGGAAGCAAAUGACGAAAGCCAGAACUAUUCGCCAUAAUCCCUAUCAAGCUCUGGCAUCAGAAUUCAGGAAAACUAUUUUUCCAAGUAAUAAGGGUCUUGCAAAAUCAAACAGCUCAAAUAUCCUCCCAACAGCGUUCACUAUUAAUCAUAAAAAUCAAUCAAAUGCGGAAAAUGGGACGGAAAAAUUCAUACGUCGGAAACGUCAAGACACAGACAGAAAUGUGCUCUUCAUUCUCACAGCCAGGGCUUACGAUUUAGGAGUUCCACACUUGUCGGGUACAACCCAAGUAAAUAUUCUACAAAGUCCCUCAACCAUUGCACGAAUUGUGAUGUUCGUGGUAGCCGAAGAGAAUCCAGAUCCUGUUAAGACCGCUCAAACUUUGGCCACUAUUACUGGUGGUCAUAUUACGGUGAAAGAAAUUCGACCAUAUGUGCCGGGCAGCACCCUUAAUGGACAUGAAACGACUUUGCCAAGUACUGAUGGUUUUAGAAGUAUCGUGGUAGCUCGUGUAGAACCAGCAGGAGGUACCUCGCUUGUCGACAUUGAUAAAAUUAGAGCCGCCCUCGCAGCGAAUGGAGUUGGUGUUAUUGGUGGAGACAUGCAGUUUCCAAAUGCAAAUCCUAGAGACGGUGGUACAACGAUUAAUAUAACAAAUACGAUUCCAUCAGUAUACAGUGAGGAAGUCACAGUCUACAAAGCCGAGAAUAAACUGCUCUUCUGGCUCCUUAUCCUCCUGGGUCUGCUUAUACUAGUGGCUAUUUUCGCCCUCAUAUUUUGCUGCGUCUGUCCUGGGUGUCCAUUUUACAUGGCACCAAGGAAAAGAAGGAUACAUUCAUCUGAAACAUUAGUGGCCCGGUCAGAUGGGAGACCGAAGAGGCAUAUUCAUCGGAAGUAUCCAAUGAUGAUGCAAGAUUCCAACUGGUCUGAGAAGAAACAGGCCUGGAGUGCAGAUCCAAUGAGGCUGCACUGGCAAUUCAACCGUCGAAACACGAAGCAAUAUGGAUUAGCCUCUUUACCAGGCGACGUGGUGCGCAUCCCUGAUUCCAACUAUCGUUGUCCUCGCAAAGCUAUGUCUCUUAGAGGAGAUCCCCAGAUCCCGAUUCCUAUGAACGAUCCAUUAUACCCUCUAAGACGACAAGAGGAGCAUCGGAUCCAUAUGGAGAACAUCGUAAGAGCCAGAGAAUAUGAAGCCGCAGAUAUUGACUCCUUACGCAAGCACGAGUUUGAAAGAGAAUCAGAUUUAGGACGGCAACCACAUGGGCCAAUACUAACGAGACGUGAACAUCACUUUUAUCGUGAAGGAAAUGCAGAAGUGAUGAAACUUGUAACUAGAGAUGGAAUAGAAGAAACUCUAACAACGAUGCACAGACCUCCAGAAAUCAUAAUCGACCAAGCCAGCGGUCACAAAUUUGAUGGUAAAGACAUUCUCCUUCGCAGAUUCAUAGAAGACCAGAAAUUACGAGUAGCUGGUAAAGAAUAUCAAGAUUGCCUUCAAGAUGAUUUUGAGCGACAAAGUAUGGAGUCUCAUCAGAGACAACAUGAACUGUCAAUGCAACAACAACAACAACACCAGCAACGGGAAAUAUUAGUGAUUCCUGAGAUACUAGAAGUAGAUCAUCGUCAACAUCUCGAACAACUCGGACCAGACGUUCAAAGAUUGAUAAUUGAUCACGGAAUAUAUGAAAAACCCGAGAGAUCAGAAAUACGCGAGCAUCAAGAUAUUCUUGCAGGAGCAACGCUAUUAAUUCCUAUGGAAAAGCCUCUUGAAAAAUCAAAGGAAACAAGUUCAGUCAAUCUUCAGACCUACACAAUGCACGAUCUCGAAUUUGCGACGCGAAAUGUCUUAUUGACUCGACUCUUGCUAGAACGAGAUGGCCGAGUAGGUGCAGGUGUUGUAGAUCCUACAAGUUAUCUGGAGACUCAGAGUCUUCCUGGGCAAGUAGCUGCGGGGACUCAAACAGACCAGACUGCUGCGACGCAGACUGAACAUCAAACUAGAAGCAGGAGUGAUAAUGAAUCUGAAGAAGAGUCUAGAAUUCGUAAAAAAAUGAAAUUUCUGAAACGAUAUGGAGAGGAACCGACGCGCAUCAGGACUCUAUGGAUGAAGUCACCAAUUGAAGAAGAAGAACGUCAAUAUUCAGGACAACGUACGACUAUCUCUCGCAGAAAAAUGAGAGAUAUCAAAGAUGGACGAACGAUCUCUAUCGAACCUGAAGUUCUACGCGAAAUUUCGGAUUCGUUGGAUGAAAAUCCAGAAAUGCCCGCAAAUUUCAGAAAAGCACCAGACAGUUCGAAUUCACAAUACGAGUCUCGAGAGGAGGAAGCGAUUCCUAAAAUAGAAGAUUCUUCGUCGGUAGAAAGAAAGCAAGCAACUCAUAAAAAAGGAAGGAGAGAAAAGAGAGGAGAGAAAGAGGAAAAGAGAAAGAAGACUACUAAAUCGAGGAGCGAUACAGCAUCGGGACCUAGUUUUCGUAUUCUAGAAAAGGAAAUGAAUUCACUGAGCAGAAAACUCUCCAAAUUAACUGGACGGAAGAUUUCUAGUGGGGAAGAUUCAGGUGAACAGAAGAAAGUGUGUUGUACUCAACCAAAAUGCGAAACAUCUCAAUUCAAAGAUUAUCAUGAAGAAUUAAAAUCUAGAAAAAUGGAAUCUAAGUCGGAAAGGAAAGUUAUCCAGGACGCUAGUCAAUCUGUUACAAAACAACACCUGAACAUUCCAGAUCAAUUGGUUAGUCAUAAAGCCAAACAAAAAUCGAAAUUACGGAAAGUAUUACCUAUUAGUACAGCGAGUUCAGAAUGGGAAGAAUCAACUGAAAAAUCUGUUAAGAAAUCGAAGCCUCAAGCAGAAGCGCGAGAACGUCAAAAACUUGAACUUCCGGUAGGUAAAGCAGUGCAUGCAAAAUUAAGAAGACAGGGGAAAACAGAGAUGAAAGUAGCCAAGAAGUCUAUGACAGAAAAAUUGACUAAAUCUGAAGCAGAAUCCGUCAUUACAAAAUUGAGUAGCAGUGAACAUGACUACACAAUAACCUCUGAUAAACCAGCUAAUAUCAGAAGAGGUGAAGAAGUUCCUAAAACGUCCGUUGACGCGAUCACAGAAAAGAACAAAUUCUUGAUAUCUUCAAGUAGUAUUGUGCAUGAAAUGGAGAAGCCCAAGAUAUUAAAGGAAAUGUUACCAUCUGCAACUGAAGAAUAUUCCGAUUACGGGGACGCUUCGGCAUCUAGUAUGCGUGAAGCCAUAAUUAUUAAGUCACCAAAGAGGAGUAAGAGUUCCAGUCGUACAACAGAUGUAGGAACAAUGGGAUUAGGAUACUCAGAGAGACGAAGUGUAGGAAGUAGUCCUGAUUCGGAAUCGAUUACAUCAACACGGAGGAAACAAAGUAAUGCAGGAAUUCAAUUACUACUUGCAAAGCCCGACAGCACUGCAGCGAUCUCUACUGAAAUGAAUGAAACCCAAUUGGAAAAACAGCGCGAGGAAAUCACUUUACCUGUGACCGAGAGUCCUACCAGGUCGGAUAGGGUUAUGAAGAAAAAAUCAAACAGAAAACGCGUGAAAAUAGCAGAAGAAAGGUAUGAGGAGGAUGGUACACCUUUUGAAAAAUUGAAUAUUGAAACUGAAAGAGCAGAGAAAAUACAAAUAGAUAGAAAGAGCAGAAACCUGAGAGAACGUACACCUGAUGAUGAUAUGGCUUUUCCAGAUCAGUCGAUUAUAUCUGCAAUGAAGUAUUAUGGUGGAGGUGAAAGUUGUGUAAAAAAAAGCUCUGACACGACGAUAUCCUCCCCAUCCGAAACGAGCCCUGGAAAAGAAAAACCAUCCGUUACAAAAUCACCCAGAGCACGAUCACCUAUAAUCCCAAGUGUUCAAAGCAUAAGAACCACAAUGGAUGGAAUUAUCGAACAAGCAAAAACCUUUGUUUCAGGUACAAUGAAAGCAGUGAAAACAUCUGCAGACGAUGCAAAAGAUAACAUUACUGGCAUUUUCGAACAAAAAAUGUCAGACGAAGAGACUCAGGUCUUCAAGAAGGAAGAGACAAUGAGAAAUGCAGAAGAGGAUAUGAAAACUAGUCAUUCCGAUGCACUAGAAAGAAUACAAAUUGCUGUCGAAAAUGUUGAAAACACUUUAAGCGUAAAACUUGAAGAGAAACUAUCAAAAUUAAAGAGUGAAAUUUCUGAGGAGCAAGUAACGAAAAAUAUGUUAGAGAAAACAGAACACACUAGUUCAGACAUUUCAGAAAUUGUACAAGCAAUUACUAUGGCUACAGCAACCCCUUGUAGAACAAUGCUUGAUCAAAAAAUGUCAAAAUUGAAAGAGGCGGACGAGUUGAAAGAGGAGAUUGCUCAAGAGGAAACAACAGGAGAUAUGGAAAUCCCAACUGAAAGUGUCAAUUCUGAUGUUAUGAAAACACUCAAAUCUGGUAGUGAGGAUUUAACAAAUACUUUUCACACAAAAAUCGAAAGAAUUGUGAACGUGAAGAGUGGAAUGCGUAAUUUCAUUGAUUCUGGGAUACAGAAACUGACAGGGGAAAGCGGUGAACUGACAGACACUGGAUAUUCACAAUCCGCACAGUCCCCGAAUGCAGAAAUAGAAAAAUAUCUUUCAACAAUACAAACUGAAACGAGCCAGAGCCAGUACAAACUUGGUAUCGAUCAACCUGAGAAGCCACCAUCUAUAGCUAAGCCUAGUUCAAACGGUCAAUCCCCUGUCUCGACGGAGGGUUCACCUAAUAAUCCUAUAGGAAUUGAUUAUCCAACUCCAAAACAAAGUCAGGCACUUCAACAAAGAAUAGAAUCAACACCAUCUUUGGAUAUAACAGUAACUUCCUAUCCAUUCGAUUUGAGUGGAAUCCCAAUCCAUGACAAUACUCACAUACCAACAAAAAUUGUGGACGAAUUGAAACCCACUGAAGAUGGUUUAGAACAGUUUGAAAGUGCAAAUUUAGAGACAACCUCGAUAAAAUCAGGGGGAAGUCAGUCAUCCAAAAAUAUGAUUAUAGUGAGGGAAACAUCCUUUCUCAACUCUCCUAAACGAGAAUCCCCUAAAAAAGAUGAUUCGAUCGCGACAUCAGGGAAGAGUGAAAAAGAAGCCAAAGGAGAUACGUUCAUUGUCAUGUCAGAGAAGAUUCAAUUGAGAAGACCAAAAUCUUCGGAAAUGCAAAUUCCAGAUUCUGAUAUUAAAGCACCAACCCCUGAAAUUUCUACUGAGCCUUCAAAUUUGAAAACAAAGGGCAGAGAAUGUGAGCGUCGAGUCUCUGUGUCAAAGGAUACAUUCAUUUUCACAACAGAAGAAAAACUUCAAAGGGGUACACCAGCGCCCGAACAAUCGGGGGUAAAAAUUCCGGAUUUAGAUAUCGAGGUACUGACUGCCGAGAUCGCUGGUAUACCUUUGGAUUUAAAAUUAGAAGGGCAACAACGUAAGACUGAAGUCUCUGAGUCACAAGAUACACCCAUUUUCACAACAGAAAACAUUCAAACAAAUACACCAACACCAGAAUCAUCAGCGUUACCAAUUCCGGAUUUAAACAUCAAGGUACCCACCCCAGAAAUUCCUACGGGACCCCCAAAUUUGGAGUUGGAAAGAAAAGUAGGUGAAACCGCAGUUCCUGUAUCAAAAGAGCUCCCAAAUUUAUCAGAAUCAUCAUUAGAAAGGUUUGAAGAAGAUAGUAACAUAUCUAGUCGGUGCUCCACGCAAACAACAUUUAUCGCUCAACCAUAUGGAACUCCUCGGCACAAAAAGUUAGUUCAAAUAGAACAUAUAAUUAAUGAUGAUUCUUUAUUACUACCAUCAACAUCUUUCGAUGUUUCCAUGGAUGACAACAUCGUAAUCGAAACCGUUUCUUUUGAAUCUCAAGUAGGAACGAAAGAGAGUGAUAGUGGAGAACUAGAAAUGUUGAAGCCAGUAGAAGUUCCUCCUGAUGAUAUUGUGGUAAAUGAAAUGGAGCAUACUGGAGGGGCAGUAGAGGAAGAAAAUAAUGAAAUUCAAAUCCAAAAAAGAGAAUUUGUUGUUACUCACAAACAGGAAGGGCCAUCUUUGGAAAUCGCGGAUAAAUCAACCACAUCUAGCGAUCAGAAUAAAAGGAAGGAAGAAAUUAAGCCAAAUCAGGUAGAAUUAAUUUCUAAAACUCUUCAAGAAAUAUUACCUGAUGAUGAUGGUUCAACUUCUGACCUUCUUCCAGAUAUUUCCCAAGGCACAACUAGCAGAGAAGUAAAAACAUCAAAUACGCAAAAGACUUUUGGUAUAAUCCAUAAAAUGGUCAAGGCUGUCCCUACUGGAUAUUUGAAAAAAAACGACGAAAACUCAAGAAAAGUAUCACGGAAAGAGAGACCGACUAGAAGGGAAAGUCUUCAGAAAGAAUGUAAAGAUUCGAAAAUUUCUACGAUAAAAGAAAAACAGAUUCAAAAAAAAUUUCCUGAAGAACUUGCGACAUCAAAGCCGAAGAAAACGAGACGUCAAGAACAUAAAAAAGUACUACCAUUAGAGACCAAGUCCCGGAUUACAAGUGAUCGCUUAAAAAUGUCUAGAAAACCAGAGCGAGAUGAAGAAAUACAACCUGAAAAAUUCAAAACAGAAAAACGAGGAAAAUCGAUACCAAUAAUAAAGAACAAAGAAACCAUAACUUCAAGAGAAAUUCCCAGUCCUCUGAAGAAAGUAAAAAAAAAUCGAUAUACACGUGCAAAAUUAGAAAUCAUGAAAAAAUCAUCAUCUUGUAUUGAAGUAGAAAAAGACGAUCGGGUUAACACAAUGCAGAUGUUGUCUGACUCAUCAAGAGAUUUGCCAACAGAAUGUGAUAAAAUAAUCCCUAUUUUUCAAGUAGAAAAUGUUACAAUGGUAAUGACAGGGGAAACUGCUGUUGAGUCGGUACCAACCCCCAGCACUGUAGAGACGACAGCUUCAAGCAAGAAUAUCGAACACCGGGAAGAAUCAACGGAAAAGAAGGAAAUUUCCGUAUCAAAGACUUCAGAUGCCACUUCAAAUAUCCUAAGGCAAUUAAUGAAUUCAUCGAAGCAAACAACUGGAGCAAAAAAAGAUGAAAAAUCCCAACAAGAUAAAAGAAAUAUUUCAUCAAAGUCUGGAGAAUCUCACCCUACUGCUUCCAAAUUCAUCACUGAUCCGAAAUCACCUGAUCUUUUACAUGGCAAACACUUGAAAGAAGACACCCCAGAAGCUCAGUCUCGUUACAUGGUCUGGUAUAAAGAAAUGCAGGAGCGAAGAGACGGCGAAGAUCAGGAAGAACCUCCAAAAUGGCUGCGCAAAAGUACUCGCCAGAGAUGGUUAAAAAUGAGUCCAGAAGAUCGAAAACAUUUCGACUUGAAAACCCCAGAAAUGACCCCCCGUCCUCACCGGAAAGUUAAACCCUCUAAAAACGUAGAAUCUGAACAGCUUAAGGCCAUUGUUCGUCAAGGGAGGAGGCUAAGACGAGCAGAAGGCGGGAAAAUCGAAGAACCUCAAAUCGAAAUUUUCGCCCCUGAGAAACCCCCACAACCCACACAACCCUCAGCCUCGACAAAGUACCAUCACCUAAUUCAACAUUCAGAGUACAAAUAUGAAAAAAUUCCCCCAUUUUACCUUCAUCCUCCACGUGUCCCUCAUCCUUCACCUCAGAUAUCUCCACGACAUUUUGAGGAUCCAAGCGGAAGUUGUUCUAGGGAAACAAGACGUCGUGAUGAGGACAUGGAGUCGGGGAUUGUUCUAUCGAUGUCCACCGGUGGUCGACUCCGGCAUCAACAACUUCUGGAGAAAAAAAGCGUCUUCGAUAUCGCUUACAGUGAGGCAGCUCCUUCGCAGCUACGCGCAGAUAGUACAACUCCUCCAUCGUAAAUUCUGAAAUCUCCAGUGGACAUUUAUUGGUUCUGUAGUCUGUAACGAAAAGAAUUAUACAUAAAUUUAAUAUUAAUGUCUUUACCAACAGGAUUGUUCCAUCACUGCCGACUUGGAAAAAUUAGGAAAACGA